AGAAGAGAUUCCGCACUGACUCGCUGGAGGAGCUCACUCUUAUUAAAAUAUGGCAUUCAAUGGAACCUGGAAGGCUGAAAGAAAUGAGAACUAUGAUAAGUUUAUGGAACAGAUGGGAGUAAAUGUGAUGAAAAGAAAGCUUGCCAGCCAUGAUAACCUGAAGCUUACAAUUCACCAAGAAGGGAAUAAGUUUACUGUGAAAGAGUCCAGUACCUUCCGAACAAAAGAAAUCGAGUUUACUUUGGGAGUAGCAUUUGACUACUCACUGGCAGAUGGAACAGAAGUGAAUGGUUCCUGGAUUUGUGAUGGAAACAAGCUUGUUGGAAAGUUCACCAGAAAGGACAAUAACAAGGAGCUCCUGACAACAAGGGAAAUUGUUGGUGAUGAGCUUGCACAGACUUAUUCAUACGAAGGAGUUGAUGCCAAGAGAUUUUUCAAAAAGGAAUAGAUACCUGUUAUUGUGACAACAUCAUUGCAAUGAAUUUCUAAACGUGCUCGUGUCACAAACCUGCACUGAUGGAUAUCUAGCUCAAGUAAUUUCAUUAACUGUCCAGCCAAUUAUAAUAACUGUGAUGAAACAAAAACAGAAGCUAACAUCUCACAUCUCUCUGAAGCUUGGCAAAUGCCAGUGAAUGUGCCCUCAUUAAUACAGUGAAUGAGGAGGUGCAAGGAUUAAAUUGUACAGUUUAAAGUGAAAUUUGAUGUUUCUCA